GGAAGACCUCCAGGACCAUCCAGGAUGGCAUGAGGCGGCAGCUGGUGAUGAGGGGAUGUGCCCGCGCCCUCUCUGACCUGCUCGCCCAGCCAGUGCCCGCGGCACCUCUCGCCUGGCACGUUGGCCGCUGCUCGUCUCUGCCGCGCGCCGCGGUCCUGCUGCUCCGCUCCGCCUGCUUGCCUCGCCAUGGGAGGAUGCUUCUCCAAGCCCAAGCCCGUUGAAGUGAAAAUAGAAGUUGUGAUACCUGAGAAGGAGAGAAGCAAGGAAGAGAUGUCACCCAAUGGGAAAGCCAGCCCACUUGUUUACAAAGUCAAUGGGACUGCCCGGCAUUAUCAUCUUGAGGAACAUCCCAUUGCCAGCAAUCCCUACCACAAUCCCAAGGAUGUGGUGGAGGCCUCUGUGUGCCAUGUGAAGGACCUAGAGAAUGGACAAAUGCGAGAGGUGGACCUGGGCUGUGGGAAGGCUCUGCUGAUAAAGGAGAAUGGUGAAUUCUAUGCAAUGGGGCACAAAUGUCCUCACUAUGGGGCUCCACUGGUGAAAGGGGUUUUGUCCAAAGGAAGAGUCCGCUGUCCCUGGCAUGGGGCUUGCUUCAACAUCACCACUGGUGAUAUAGAGGACUUUCCUGGCUUGGACAGCUUACCCAGAUUCCAGGUCAAGAUUGAGAAGGAGAAGGUGUAUAUCCGAGCAAGCAAGCAGGCUCUUCAGACACAGAGGAGGACAAAGAUGAUGGCGAAGUGCAUCUCCUUGAGCAACUAUAACCUGAGCAGUACCAAUGUGCUGAUCAUCGGUGCAGGUGCUGCUGGAUUAGUCUGUGCAGAGACCUUGCGCCAGGAGGGUUUCUCGGACAGGAUUGUAAUGUGCACGAUGGACAGACACUUGCCCUACGACAGACCGAAGCUCAGCAAGUCGAUGGAUUCCCACCCGGAGCAGAUUGCCCUGCGCCCUAAAGAGUUCUUCUGCACGUAUGACAUYGAAGUCUUGACUGAAAUGCAGGUUGCAGCUGUGGAUAUCAAGAACAAGACAGCAGUGUUCAAGGAUGGAUUUAAGAUGGAGUAUAACAAACUGCUGAUAGCCACCGGAAACACGCCAAAGUCUCUCAGUUGUAAAGGCAAAGAAGUGGAAAACGUGUUUAACAUCCGAACUCCAGAAGAUGCCAACCGCGUGGUGAAACUUGCCACUAGCAAGAACGUAGUUAUAGUGGGAGCCUCCUUCCUCGGGAUGGAAGUGGCCGCCUAUCUCACAGAGCGGGCCCAUUCCGUGUCCGUGGUGGAGCUGGAGGAAGUUCCCUUCAAGAAGUUCUUUGGGGAGAGGGUUGGCCGUGCUGUCAUGAAGAUGUUUGAGAACAACAGGGUGAAGUUCUACAUGCAGACGGAGGUGUCAGAGCUGCGGGAGCAGGAGGGCAAGCUGAAGGAGGUUGUCCUGAAGAGCGGGAAGGUUCUACGUGCCGAUGUUUGUGUCGUCGGCAUAGGGGCAGUCCCAGCAACAGGGUUUCUCAAGCAGAGUGGCAUCAACAUUGACUCCAAAGGCUUCAUUGUGGUCAACAAGAUGAUGCAAACCAACAUCCCAGGGGUCUUCGCCGCGGGUGAUGCUGUCACCUUCCCCUUGGCCCUUCGGAAUAAUAAGAAAGUGAAUGUCCCUCACUGGCAGAUGGCCCAUAUGCAUGGCAGGAUAGCAGCUCUGAACAUGCUGGCCCACGGCAUGGAAAUCAGCACAGUCCCUUAUCUGUGGACUGCUAUGUUUGGAAAGAGCAUCCGAUAUGCAGGCCACGGAGAAGGAUUCGAUGAUGUCGUCAUUCAAGGAGAUUUAGAUGAACUGAAGUUUGUGGCGUUUUAUACCAAGAGCGACGAGGUGGUGGCCGUGGCCAGCAUGAACUACGAUCCCAUCGUGUCCAAGGUGGCCGAGGUCCUGGCGGCUGGCAGGACCAUCCGAAAGCGUGACGUAGAGCUGUUUGUUCGUCAUGGCAAAACCGGAGAUAUGUCCUGGCUGACUGGAAAAGGCUCCUAGUGCAGGAUGCAGCUGCUCUCUCCUGAUGCUGCAGUCACCCCUGAGGACAUGGGGCUCACCCCGCAUCCCACGGCAAGAUGCCGGUAAUGCAGCUGGGCCAUUGCCCUUCUCGGACUCGGAUGAACCCAGUGGCUUUCACUGAGCAGUUACCUUCUAGCAAUUCCUGUCUGCGUGCAAAUAGCUGCUGACUCCUCCAUCCCCGCGGCCGCCUCGGCUGCGGCUCUGCCUUUCGCAUUCCUGUGGGAACACGAGAAAGCAGGACCGUAGAGACAACGGGCAUCACCAGCUGCGGCCAGCAUGUGUGAGGCAUGGCUGGUGGGGUGCUGCUGUGACCUCUGCCAGCUGCGGGACACCAGGGGAGGAGGCGGGUACCUGCUUCCACGCUGUCCUGCCUGGGAAGCGCCUGGGAUACCAGGCAGAGUAGAUGUUCUGGGUGGCAUGGUGAGAGCCUCUACCCCAAGCACAUCUGUUGACCCCAUAAACAGCACUAGUGCCUUUCAUUGCUCCCCGUGUCCUGUCCAUGCUCCCAAGCACAUUAUCUCCUUCUCAAAGUAUGUCUUUCUUCCAGUACAUCCCAUCAUACCUCAUGCCAGCAUGCUCUGGAAUUCCUUCCCAAGAUUUGUAGAGAUUUUGCCAGAUUUUUGAAGGGGUCCAAUGGAAAAGGCUGCUAUAGACUACUCAUCUCACUUGCAUUGUCUCCCAGUGCAGAUGCCUCCCUGCCUAAGCCGAGGGCGCCUGCAGUUCAUCGUGUGGUCUCUUCAUGGCCCUGUGUCACCACCCCAGAGCCCUCUCCAGGGGCCUGAUCACCCAGUCACACCAUCUCCUGCUACAUAAGCACAUCAGCAAUUGUCAGGCUUCCCAGUUCUCCCUGGCCCCUCAUUUAUGCUUGUGCAGUUCCAGCCUGAGUUUUGCUGCCUUUGACAACAGAGCAGCCCUGCAAGUGCCCAUGGGUCUCGAGCAUCAUUGCAGAGGCAGUGGAGCCCAAGGAGGAGUGUUGUUAGGCAGGACUGCAGCUCAUGGGGCUGGUGCCCGUCCUUCAAAUCAGCCUCAUAAUUGCUGUCUUCCUAAAGGAUUCCUGAAUAAUCAACCAUGCUGCUGAAAUGUUGCUCAAGAAAAAAUAGCAGAAUAGUGACUGGAGGAGGAUUUCUGGCUGUCUUCUGUCAUUUGUCAUUUAUUCUUCCUGUCAUCUAGUGACAAAUCCGCAUUUCUCAUGUCAGCUUUCCACGUCAGUGCUCUGCUGUCACGUUUUCUGUCCCAUACUGGAAGAAAGGCCUUGCCCCUAGCCCAAAAGAGGGUCUGGCCAGUGCCAGGCCCUGUCCCUGCCAGCCACCGGGGCUGGGAGUAGUAGGAGAACCCCCUUGGACAGCACCCAGAAGUUUAUUCCUUAUCAGUUAAUUUUUUACCCAGUGUAGGGCAUCAGUGAUACCUUUCAGCAAGGAGGUUUGUUGAUGGACUGUGUGGGGUCUGUGCCUCUUCCAUGAAGGGUGUCCAUUUGUCUCCUCUCUCCAGCUCCUCCUUAUUAUUCCAAAAUGCCACGAUGUUGGCUUGGAUAGCAGUGUCACCAGUUGUUUGUGAUGCUUCCCGUUGGACUCUUCUGUUCCCUCCUCAAGGCUGUUCCCAGGCGGUGUGAGCAGAAGCGGUCAGAGGCAGGGAUGGACGUGGGGCUCGCAGCGUGCUGAGCUGCCGGCAGCUCCCCGCGGGGCUCCUCCUCGGGGCACCCAGGACCUGUCCUGUGCACUGUGACCUUCAGUGAGUGCUGGGCCCACAGAGUCACAAACUUGGUUGUGGCCCCAAGAUGCAGAUGUACAUGUCCCCGUCCCCUGCAGUACUAGUGUGGGCCCUCUGGCUUCUCUGGCCAGAUAUGAACCUAGGCCCAUGCUCCAGUUAGCACGAAGACGACAUUUUUUGGCCCAAAGAAAGCCCCCAAACAUCAUUUGAGUAAUUCCUCCCUCUGACUUGUUAUCACCAGCUUCCUUUACCAUCAUGCUGCUUAAAUCCUUCUAAGACCCUUUUGUUUUUCUCUUUUUGCUUUUGGCCAGCCAACAGUAUUUAAUGUUAUCCCAAACAUCUCCAAUUGCUGGCUUCCAGCCUUCCCAGAACUGUGCUCUGGUAGUGGCCUGCUCCAUUUGCUCUUUAUCUUUUUACAAGAGCUGAAGGCCGGUGAUUUCUUCUUCUCUGUAUUGCCUGCUGUAAUUUGCUGCRUAAUCUGUGACGAGCUGUUGUCUUCCAUAGCCUAUGCUGUUGGAAAUAAGCGUUAGCCUCAGGUUAAACCUUUUUGAAGCACCUAACAGCUUCUUAGAGAUCCUCCUGCCAUCACCAAGUUCUUCUGCCAUGUAUUUGUGUUCUGAGUCCAUCCCUGGCCUGUGACCGGACCCUCAAAAAUGCUUCAUUCUGGUCAAACAACCUUCCCCUGAUAUUUUGCCCCAUUGUGUUCAGCUUUAGCCAGGAUGCCCAGGUGCUUUCWAGGUUGCUCAUCUCCCAUAGAUGCCCCCUCUGUUCACACACACACUUAGGUGGUGCCUGUAGGUCCUGAGCUUUCCAGCCCUGAGCUCUCCAUCAGGUCCGUGUCGGCGCCACUCUGUUUGGUCCGUGCCUUGGCUUCCUCUCUGCACCUCAGCCUGUGAACGAGCUGGACCCAUUUGGUCAUGCCCACUGCGCUCCCCUGCUGCACUCUGCAUGGGUUUCCUUCCUGUGCGUCCAAGAACCCUCCAAGAUGUCUAGCCAUGGCAUUGCACUAAGCAAYAUGUUUAUUUAUAGUGCCCCAAGCCGUUGUUAAAAAUCGCUGCUUCUCAGGGGUGGUUUCCCAGACUUCACUCUUUGUCCACAAAUGUCUGACCUUAUUUUUGGUUUUGUUCCUAGCAAGUUGCUUGGGUGGGCGCUGCUUUUCAACGCAUUGACGUUCACUGACCAGCAGACUCCAGAYAGGUGUUUUUUUGGUGCCUCUUCUGAGGUUUUGAGGUGGUUGGCCUUGCGGCUUGUUGUUCAAUACCUUCUCUAAUGCAAUAGAGAUUAAUUCCUUGCCAAUGCAAUYUCUAGAUGUUCCGUCCAGACUUUCCUAAAUAUAGACUAGAAGGACCUAGUGGACCUUUCUGUUAUUCCAUUAUCCUUAAUUAGCUCACCAUCCUUCCAUCCUUAUCUAAUAACAGAGCAAUACUUAGAGCAAGCAGUACUUUUUCCAUACCUGCUUAGAUGUCCUGUGAAAUUUGCUCAACAUAGAGUUUAUUUCUUUUUAAUUUCUUUAUUUUAUUUGAUUGUUAAGUAAAAACAGGAGAGAUCCUGGUCUGAUCUGAGCUCCAUGGCCAUGCUGUGGUGUCAUCAGCACUGACCAGGCACAGGGAACCGUCUCAGAAAUAGGCCACAUACAUAGGCUUAGAUAUGCCUUGAGCUAGAGGUGGUGUCUUUGUGCAUAGAAGCCACUGGCGAACAUCUCCUUAUCAUUAAUUGAGCUAAAGGCUCUGUGAGCCCCUCCAACAUCAUGGCAUCCUGUGGCAGUGAACUCCACAGCAUCAUUUUGGCUUUUAUCAAAAAGAAGGCUUCUCUUUUUCUUGUCUUCUCAUAUCAGUUGACAAUCCUAGGCCUUUAUGGUCCGUGUUUAAAAUAAAUAGUCUUUCUCAGUAUUUGCUGCAGAAGACCUAGACACAGAGUGCAUCAGCAGCUGGUCUGUCUGGAUGUCUUCUCUGAAGCAGAGUUGGUGCUUGAGGAUGUUGAGGAGAUGCUSAUUGAUUAGGACCAGC